CGACAUCAUUACCAAAUGUCAUCUUGGUCGCCAUAUGUAAACAAUGGAGGUACUGCUUUAGCAAUAGCAGGACCUAAUUUCGCAAUAGUAGCUGCUGACACACGUUUAUCUGCAGGUUAUAGCAUUCUGAGCCGCCACACCAGCAGAAUCACUAAGCUGACCAAUCAGUGCUUCAUUGUGAGUUGUGGUCAAAGUUGCGAAGUUGACAAGCUACAGUACGAAAUGACUCAAAUCGUCCAAGAUUAUGUUUUUGAACAUAAAAUGAAUCCUAGCUUAAAUGCUAUUGCUCAAAAACUUUCUUUGCAGCUUUAUUCCAGACGUUUUUUUCCUUAUUACGCGUUUAAUUUACUCGCAGGAAUAUCAGACACCAACUCUGGCAUCAUUUAUAGUUAUGAUUCGAUCGGCAACACUGAGCCUUUGAAGUAUGGAACGACAGGCUCGUCGGCAUCUGCAAUUUUACCCAUAGUUGAUUUAUAUUUCAGCAAAAUUAAAGAUUACAACGAAAAGAAUUGUAUAGAAUUAAUCAAAGACUGUUUCAAAUCUGCCGCCGAACGAGAUAUUCUGACGGGGGAUUCAGUUGAAAUAUUUGUCAUACGAAAUAAUAAAGAAAUAAGCAAACAAGUGUUUCCGCUGCGCAAUGAUUAA